AUGUCUCGACGUGUUUUACCUGCAUUACAUGAAAUUACAAUUCGUCAAGGAUUGGAAAAGAUUAACCAACUUGGCUAUCCCCACUGGCAUUUAAACAGAUUGGAUGAACCACCUAGUCAUACUUUGCAUGUUCUGUACCAUUUGAAAAAUUUCAAGAUUACUUGGGAGUUUUUGAAUUCAGUUGCUCAAUUGGCUGCUAGUAAGAAACAUCAUCCAACUAUAACCACUACUUAUGACAAAGUAGAUAUUCAAUUGACUACCCAUGAUGCUGAUAACAAUGUUACUCAAGAUGACCUAGAUAUGGCUGAAGCAAUUCAUAAACAAUAUCAGGAUUUAUUGAAGUCUACUUAA